UGUGUGUGUAUUAUAUCACACUCACGUAAACACAUAGCUGCAUAUAUAUCAUUAUUUUUUCUUUUCCUUUUUCCUCUUUUUUUUUUUUUGAAUUCGGGUGGCCGGAAAACCAAAGAUACCGGCAACCCGAGCACCGUUACAAUGAAUCCGUUCUUAUAUAAUUCUUUUUGAUAUUAUUUUUUCAUUUGGUCUGUCAGGAAAUUAAAUUCCGGCGAGUUACCCGCCGGAAAAUCAAGUCCUUUCUGUUAAGUUGUUGACUAAUGGCCAAGGGUCGAAAAUUAACCACCAGCCGGAGCGAACGCUUUUUGGGAAGUCUUGGUCACAAUCACGGCCAAGGAACGGCGAGCGAUGCAUCCGAGCUGGGAGAAGAGGACGUCUGGUCAGUGGUUGACGACACUGUCAACGGGGAGGAUCACUCAGGAAACGGAGAGUUCAGCUCGCGCGCCUCCGAUGGAGUCUUCAGUGUAUAUAGGAGCCGCCGUCCACCUGCACCGGCCGACCACCAUCCAGUUGGCGGCUUGUCGUUGGCUUUUGAUGAUCCCAGCAACACCUCAUCGCAGAGGAUCCUGCACCAAUUCCGCCCACAGGACAGCGUGGCGGAAUCUCCACGUGGCCGGCACAUGGCGACUUCAGCACCAGUAAAUGUGCCCGAUUGGUCCAAGAUUUAUCGAGUGAACUCAGUGGAGUCACUGCAUGAUUUGGACGACAGCUUCAACGACUCAGAGCUCGUUCCCCCUCACGAAUACUUGGCGCGUGAGUAUGCACGUAGCCGGAAAACGGCUGCAAACUCCGUGUUUGAGGGCGUGGGGCGAACACUCAAGGGGCGGGACAUGAGCCGCGUUAGAGACGCAGUCUGGAGCCAGACCGGUUUCGAUGGUUAACCCAAUUGGGCAAUUGGGAUUAUUGGUCGAACCAUUACAUUAGCAGCAUAGGUUAUGAUUAUAUUAUGAUGAUGAUGAUGAGUAUGCAUGUAUUCACUUAGUCAAUUUUGAUUUUUUUGGCGUUGGGCAAUGAAUCAGCCUAAGUGAGUUCACUUAGACACGAUUGAGCCCAAAUCAUAAUUCAGUCAUGCUCUAGACUUUGCGAAGAAUAUGGUGUCAAUUUGAAUUAAGUGUUAUUGAUAAAUUCUUGGGACAAUGUCAGAAUGGGAAAUUUCAAACUA